CCAAGUCCAAGGCGGGUACGCGCGGGAAAAAAGCAAGCGCGCAGCAGGCCCCUUAGCGCGCGCAGGGGAAAAAGCAGGCAUCUUGCGCGCGGGAAGGGUGAGGGAUCUGCGCGCGCGGGAAGGGAGAGGUAGGGCGCGGGAGAAGGGAGCUGCGCGCGCGGGAAAUCGCGCCUAUACUCCCGCGCAGGCGUGCCCCAUCGCUAUAGGCCUGCAGCGCGCAAGAGGAAAGAGAGGGGAGGGGGAAGAGAAGAGGCCGUACUGCAGGCCAGCCGAUUUGAGUUUGCUGCUGCUGCUCCAUGCGACCACGCCUCCACGACCUCCACCUGUGCUCUGCCCGUCCGCUGAUUCGAGUCAUUCGGUCCACCAAUUGGAGCUUGCGCUAUGCUCGUCCGCCGAUUGGAGACCUGCAGAUCGGCGCCUCUGACCUAUGAAGCCCUGCCCUCCAUCGAUUUCGUGGCUGCUUGCUUGCUUCCUCUGCUCCGCCUCCUUGCCUGAGUGCCCUCAUCCCUUCCUUUCCUUCACGUCAGCUCAGAGCCUCGGAGGUUAAGGUAUGUGUAUGGCGUCGCCUCGCCGCGCGCCAUACUCGCCUAGGCGUCUGGAAGGGGGUGAGUCGCCUCGCCUUACCGCCAUAAAAACCUUGAGAGGGUAUAUACCUGAUUGAGCCAAUGACAGCACCAACUUGAAAAUCUGCGGCCAACCAAAGAAUUGGGUACUUAAGAAUUGUGUCUUGCUGCAAAAUUUGUGUUUUUGAAGCUAUUCAUCUUAUGACAAUCCAUCGUCAUUGAAUUUGUAGAACCAAAAACUCGAGGACAAAAACAACGGGACAAUAGUAGCAAGAUUUUAUAAUCCAAGUAUCCGUCCAAAAAUCUAUAAUUGCAUGACAGCGAAGAAACAGUGGCAGCUACUGCUAAACAAAGGAUCUAUGGCCUACUCGGUGUACCGCCGAUAUGUACUAUAACUUUUUUUCAGUAGGGAUGUCGCCUUCCUAUUCUAUUCUAGUUUACGUGCUAAUCGCAGUUCGCAAAUCAGCUGCGUGCCUGGAAGAUGUCCUUCAGUCCCCUUGUAUGUUUCCUAUGAACACUUCUUGAUUGCUCCAAUUUUUUUUUUUUUGCUGAUUUCGGUUUGUGCAUCGUCGUUACUCCAAUGUCCAUUCGUGCGGUUUCAUCACAUUACCCUGGCCGUUGGCCGUUAGGCAAGAACGCCAUGGCCAUGGUCCCCCAACGGUGCCAUCCCAGCAGCUAUCGUUGCCAUCAAGCUACUACUACUUAACCACACGUCCCCAUCACCCGGUCGGCCUAGUACACAAGAACACAGGCGCACCGCGCACAAACGGGCACACAGGCGCACGCUGAGCAGUGAGCUUCCCCAUAACCACAUGUCAAACAGAGCACGGCGCGCACCCUCCGGACACCAGGAAUCCCGGGAACCGGCAGCGGCGGCGGCGGCGACGCCACGGCCGCGAUGAUGCCACCCUUGGCGCUCGUGCUCCUGGCCCUGGCGGCCGCGCUGGCGCCGGGCGCGCGGGCGCAGAUAUCGGCCGCGCCCCUGGGCGCCCCGGCGCCGUCGCUGGACUGCGCGGGCGCGCUGCGGGACCUGACGCCGUGCCUGACGUACGUGGAGCGCCGCAGCGCGCUGACGCGGCCGGACAAGGGCUGCUGCGGGGCGCUCGCGGCCGUCGUGGGCGGCGGCGAUGCCGCGUGCCUGUGCGGGUUCCUCGCGGGUCAAAGCGCGCGCGGCGUCCGCGUGGACCCCGUGCGCGCGCUGGCGCUGCCCACCAUCUGCCGCGUCGACGCGCCGCCGCCGAGGCUCUGCGCCGCGCUCGGGAUGCCCGUCGCCGAGCCGCCGGGCGGGGCCGCCGCGCCGAUGGAGUCGUUAGGUGCGUACGGCUUCUGCUCCGCGCCCCUGCCACGCGUGCAGUAGACGCAACGCCGUUUCUCUCGAUGCGCUUGCGUUCUGCAAUGUGGCGGCUUGUCGUGGUGGGAUUUAGCAAUGAUUAGGCCAAUUUUAAUGGAGAUUUCAUGACAUUAAAUGUCAUCAAUUUUGCUGAUGUGGCAAUGAGAGAGAAGCAUGGAGUUUCAUGGGAUGUGAGGAGAGUUUGAUCACUAUGAAACUCAUCUGGCACGAUUAUAUAGUUUUCAGUCUAGGUAUCUAUGCCCAUAAAACUCCCACUGAAAAUAGUCUUAGUAAUAAAGAGCUCUAAAUGCAUUGUAGUACCUAGGAAAUCAUCAUGUCAACGCGGCGUGAUUUUUUUAAUUUUGCCUACUAGAUUCUGUCUCGGAUACCUAAAAAAUAAAUGUAUUUUGCAAAUUCAAUUUCAUUCGCUAGAUCAUGCAUCAAAAUACUACGUAUUGUAGGAAUCACAUUGGUAGCCCAUUGCAAAUCUUGGAAUACGAUCCACAGUAGUUAAAACAGUGACGCCGAAAUAAAAAAUCCUUUUUACUCGAUGAACCCGCCUGGGUUCUGACAAAAGUGCUGGCACUGACGAAAUCU